CCCGUCUCUCAGUCAAUAGAUGUCAAAGCAAGGCUAUUAUCCAGCCAGCAGUGAUAAAAGUCAAAAUAAAAGUACUUGUUCUACUAUUUAUAUGUUUAUUAAUAUCUACAUCUCCAAACAUUUUAUUUUAUUUUAAGUUUAUAAUUUGUAAAUUUUCUAUUUACAUUAAUAAUGACAAGUGAGUAUGAGAAAUGCACAGCUAAAGAUGGAGCUCGACCUUACAAAUGUUGCGACUACGCCAACAAAAUUUCAGUAAAUUUACAUCAUUUCAAAAGAGAUGGAAGAUUUUGUGAUAUAGAUUUAAUAUCAGGUUCCACAAGAGUUAAGGCCCAUCGAGUAGUACUGGCAGCAAGCUGUGCAUAUUUUGAUGCAAUGUUUAAUGUUGGUUUAGAAGAAACACAAAAAGGAUAUGUUGCUUUGCCAAGUGUUCCCCCUGACAUACUCCCAAUGAUAAUUGACUUUAUCUAUACAGGUGAAAUAGUAAUUGACAAGAGUACUGUCCAACAUUUAUUGAUUGCUGCUGAUAUGCUUCAACUUAGAGAGCUGGUAACAGGAUGUGGAGAGUUUCUUAGGAGAGAAUUACACCACACUAAUGCCCUAGGAAUAUUUAGGUUUGCAGAAGCUCACAACUGCAUUGAAUUGGUAAAAGAAGCACUAGAGCAUGUUCAAGCCAACUGGAACAUAGUAUCUAAUGGUGAUGAGCUUUUAGAAUUACCAUUACCACAGCUAAUAACAUUGCUUUCUUCAGAACAAUUAAAAGUUGACAGUGAAGCUCAGGUUCUAUAUGCCGCACUACGAUGGCUAGAGCAUGACCCAGCAUGUCGCCGACGGCACUGUUUCGAAGUACUGAAUCAUGUACGACUACCACUUAUAUCGCCACAAGUUUUAGAUCAAGCUAUCAAAAAUGUACAGGAUCCUUCUAUUGCAGUGGCUCUUAAAACUGCGAGAGUUGAUAUGAAAACUCGUCGCGGUGCUUUGGUUUCCUUGUUGGUGGAGCCACGUCAGCGAGCACGGCGUAUAUUACUUUUAGCCGGAGGGUCAUGCCGAGAUAAAGCUGCGCACCAGCCACUAUCGACACACUACAACCAAGACAACAUUCUCUCUUCAGUGCUAAAAUUUGAUCUACACAAACGAGAAUGGGAGGAGCUUUCGUCAAUGGGCAUAGCGCGAAUCCAGCCAGGUGUGGCCACUUUAGGAGGCCGGGUUUAUGCCGUAGGGGGUGAACAAGGAAGUCAAAUACUUGCCAACGGUGAAGUAUAUGAUCCUCAGACUGAUAAAUGGUCAAAUAUUUCUCCAAUGAAAGAAGCACGCUGUGAGUUCGGGCUGACAGGUUGGAAUGGUAAUUUAUAUGCCUUUGGAGGCUGGGUGGGAUCAGACAUGGGCUCUUCGGUGGAAGUGUAUGAUCCAGUCGCAGAUGAGUGGACUUUAGUAGGCAGAAUGCCGGAGCCAAGAUUUGGAAUGGGCGUUAUUAAUUUUGAAGGUCUAAUAUACAUAGUUGGUGGAUGUACUCACACGUGGCGACAUACAAGAGAUUUAUUAUGUUACCAUCCGGCAUCUCGAAAAUGGCACUCCUUGAAACCGAUGCACCACGCUCGUAGUCAGGCCGCCGCGGUCGUACUCGACAACUAUUUGUACGUUAUCGGUGGCAACGCGCCGAGGCGCACAGUUCUUACCUCGGUGGAACGUUACAGUUUUGAUGAGGGAACUUGGGAAGAAGUAGCGAGUUUGAAAGAGGCUCGGGCCGGGUGUGCGGCGGGGGCAGCGGAGGGCGUGCUGGUGGUGGCGGGCGGCGACAGCGAGAGCGCGGGCGAGCGCGCCUUCUACCGCGCGCGCACCACGCUCGCCAGCGUCGAGCUGUACGACCCUCGCGACAACGCCUGGCGCGCCGGCCCGCCACUGCCGCACUCCCGCGCCGAGGCAGGCGCCGCCCUGCUCUGACCCUGCAGGUACUACCGCGAACCAAGCUACGACAAAUGUACAAAACAUAUUACCAAUUAUGUGUAGCUAAUCGAUCAAUGUUAUUAUGUGAUAGGAUUAAGCUAUCGUCCAAAUAUUUAUUGCAUCUUUCCUAUUUUUCUAUACGCAACCCAAAGAGUAACAAUUUCUUCACUAAUGACUUUGACUUAUUUUAUUUAGGUACCAAAUCUUGCAAGUCUUGCAACAUAAAACUCUUUAUAUAAAUGUAUGUACAUAAAUCUUAUUCAAUGUAUAGAACUUCCAUUGAGAUUAACAUUUUAAAUGUAAUUACUUUUAAGUAAUUUUUCGCUUUAGUCUCAAUUCAGAAUAUUACUUCACAAAUUUCUUAUGUUUGCGUAUUCGCAUUAAUUUAUUACAUUCUCAGAUAUUUAUCUUGUACUGGAUUUAUUUCUGCUAUAUUUGUUUCAUCAUAGCUAUGUGUCGUAUAUUUAUUUAUAUAGGUAAUCAUUAGAAAAACGAAAUGUAUGUAAUAAGUAUUAAGCAGCUUGAAAUAUAAAUAACCAUAGAGUAGGAAACAAUGAAAAAUAAUCGCCAAUUUAGCUAAAUUAGGUUGAAUAGUUAGCCAAAAACAAACAAAAAAGAAUACUUUAUAAUUACUUUCUAUUUCCAUAAUGGAUACUUAUAAUCUCUCGGUAAAACUUAGGGAUCACAGACGUAAACGUAAAUAUUGGAUAUAUUUAUGUAACAAUUGGCCGAUAUAUGUCUAAAGGUACCUAUAGUAUGUAUAGCGGUGAGAUUGGAUAAAGUUGAGGGUUAACUGCGUAAUACUCAUUCCC